GAACGGUUUCCGCCUCGAGGGUGAUUGUGUCGGACAUCACCAACUCCUCAUCGUUUGCGAGACGAGUGAUCACGCAAUCGCCCCUCUCGAUUGGAUCAACACGAACCCCUCGCAUGCGACCCUCUGAACAGCCCGAUAGCGAUCAUUCAUUCGGAGAUGCCCUGCCCACUUUGGUAAAAUGAUGCCGCAGGGAUUCGCUAUACGUCGAAUGACAUGAGGUCAACUGGAGGACAAUCACGGGGAAGACUAAGAAAUUUCGACAGCUGCAGAGACACUCUUUUCUCACUCUCUGAUCCUUUCCAAUUCUCUAUUCCUAUUUUCUCAGUCUGAGAUUCACCAUCUAGAAAGGAGUUCUUGGGGGAGGUAUAAACCAGCUCAGGCUUGACUGACCAACACCUGCCCACCAUGGCUCCCAUAGCAGUGGAAUCAUCUCACCCUCCUUCUACAAUCCCCUCCAAGUCCGCGGCCGUCGACUUGUCCAUCUUCCCCGACGGCUUCAAGACAUCCGGCCAACACCCUCCACUCUACGACCAGCUGUACCCUUACUCUGCGUUUCCAAAGACCAUCUCUGGCCCCACCGUCUGGUCGAAUGAAGACUACGCUUCCCAUCCAGAAACAUGGACGCACGUCUUCUCGGACGCAGAGAUCAACGAACUCUCGGCCGCGGCCGACAACUUCAUGGCUCAAGGUCUCCCGCUGACGGGGAUCAACCCGUCCAACUUCCCGCUCCCAAGCAUGUCGGCGGCGUUGAAAUCCAUGCGCAACGAACUCCUCAACGGUAAAGGCUUCAUCCUGUACAAAGGCUUCCCCGUGCAGCAAUGGGGCUCGCACAAGUCCGCGGUCGCGUACAUGGGCCUGGGCACGUACAUCGGGUACCCGGUGUCGCAGAACGGCCGGGGCCACAUCCUGGGCCACGUCAAGGACCUGGGCGAGGACAGCACGCAGAUCGACAAGGUGCGGAUCUACCGGACCAACGCGCGCCAGUUCUUCCACGCCGACGACUCGGACGUGGUCGGCCUGCUCUGCAUCGCCCGCGCCGAGGAGGGCGGCGAGUCGGACGUCGCGUGCGUCCACCACGUCUGGAACAUCCUGCAGGCCGAGUACCCGGAGGUGGCCGAGCUGCUGACCCAGCCGGUGUGGUACUUUGACCGCAAGGGCGAGGUGUCGCGGGGCGAGGAGCCCUACAUCCGCACCAGCGUCUUCUACCUCGAGACACCCGGCGCCAAGGGCCAGGAGCAGCGGGUCUACUGCAAAUGGGACCCCUACUACGUCCGCAGCCUGACCCGGUUCUCGGACCAGGGCAUCAUCCCGCCGCUGUCGCCGGCGCAGGUCCGCGCGCUCGAGACCCUCGAGGAUGUCUGCCAGCGCGUCAAGCUGCACAUGAUCCUCGAGGUCGGCGACAUCCAGUUCCUCUCCAACGAGCACAUCCUGCACGCCCGCACCGCCUAUAGGGACUACGGCCCGGACAGCGGCAUGCCCCGCCGCCACCUGAUGCGCCUGUGGCUGAGCACGCCAGUCAGCGAGGGAGGCUGGAGGCUGCCCUUCCACGACGUGGACGAGAGGAAGAGAGGAGGCAUUCAGGUGGACGACACGAGGCCGGUCGCGAGGCUGGAUGCGGAUUGAGUUCUGUUCCGUGAUGCGAAUGUGUUUGAGGGGUGGGACCAAAUCUCUGGAGAAAUGUUUCUAAACUUUGGGAAGAAUGUAUAGACGAACUAGCUUGCGUUCAUUCCUGCUUCGUUCGACUGCCCUCUGCCGCCUGCAGGCUUGCC